AUGGGAGGGUACGGAGACGUGAACGCGGGCGAUCACGUGAGCGGGCUCGUGAGCGGGGUGCCGACGCUCGUGGGAGGGGAGGGGCGGUACUCGACCUCGGGCGCGGCGGUGACGGGGGUGAACACGCGAUUCACGCAGCAGUUUCACGGCGGGACGAAAUCGGGGGCGAAGUUUUACGACAUCGCGAACACGGCUGUGCAUGAGGUGUUGGCGGUGCACAGCGAUACGUCGAUGACGCUGGCGCCGUCGCCGUCGCCGGCGGCGGUGUCGGCGGGCUCGGAGGUGGCGUUCGGCGUCGCCGCGCGAACGGGCACGGGCACGCUCGCCGCGAGCUCCACGACGACGGCGCGACCGAACAGUGCGACGACAGAAGCGUUGACAAUCGAUGGUACCAACACGGAGUUUUUGCAAGAGCUGAAGGUUGGCUACUGGAUCGUCGUAUACAAGGCGAACGACGUCGUCGAUUACCGCGUCAUCACAGCCAUCGCCAGCGAAACGUCGCUCACCGUCGAUUACAAUAUCACCGGAUUCCUCACCGGUUUGGGUUCUUGGGGCUACGUCUCGUGCCCGCCGCGCAUCGGUAAGCGAAACGUCGGUCUGGGGACGAUUGAAACGUACCACAGUCAAGACACCUUGAACGCGGUGCACGGUACCGCCGUCAUCGCCGAAAACACCAAACUCGCGUCGGAAACGCCGUACGAGGACGCGGGUCACUUGUCGGACGCCAGUGGAAGUGCGACGAUGAGUUCUCAUCGCAUUCACGGUCGCGGUACGCGUUUCGAGUCGCAGAUGGGCGCCUCGAGCACGUGGGCCGCCAAGUAUCACACAUCCGGGCCUUGGAUGAGCGUUCAAAUCAACGGCGACUGGGAAACGGUUCGAGUGAAAGAAAUCGGCACGACGACGACGUUCGCCGAGUACAUCAUGGUGUUACACAACUCGUUCUCCGAGCCUCUUCUCAAGGCGACGCACUGGGAAUGGUUCCCCAUGCUCACCAAGGGCUACGGCACCGUUCGUUCGUACGGCAAGCGCGUCGUCUCCAACUCUUGGGACAACAAGGAACUCUUCGAAGACAUCGACGGUACCGCACCAAGCGCGCCCGGUUCGCUCUCUUCCCAAGGCACGUACGGCGACACGCGUUUUUUGACGCAGUUGCGCACGGGAUACACCAUCACCGCGUGCGGGCAGACGAGAAUGGUCAACUCGAUUCAGUCCGACGUCGAGCUCACCAUCGAUCGUCCCUUCACGCUCGGGAACCGCGAGUUCGUCAAGAAGGAGAAUGGGAGCGGCACGGCAACGAUCACGACGCUGCACGUCCGCGGUUUGACGCGACUUCUUCCGCUCUGGCCUCGAGGCGUGACGGUGCAACUCGUGCACACGUCGGGCGCGAACACGGCUUCCCCCCACACCUACUCGUACACCACGUACUGGAAAAACUUCGCCAACUCUGGCGGCGCCGCGGGCGCCUACCACACCGCGUGGGUUGAACUGCAAGAUUCAGGCGUGAGUUCCGGUAUCGGCGUCUACGUCAAGUGGGAUGAUAAGACCGUCGACGUCGGUUCCGAGUGGCGACUCCACGUCGCCGACAUUGAAAACUGUCGGUAUUACAUCUCCACCGAAGGCGAGCGGUACAUGACGGACGACAACGCGAACCCGCCGAUUUGCUACAACCACGGCAAGUGCGUUCCGGCGAACGUGGGUGACUCCCAUCGGCCCGCAAAGGCGCUCACGCAAACGGGUGGCUUUACCCUCACCCACUCCGCCGGCACACUCGCUGGGGUCGGCAGCAAGUUUUUGACCGAGCUUCAACUCGGAGACAUCGUGCGCGACGCCAACGCCAACGGGCCGGUCGACGCUCGCGUGACCGCCAUCACUGAUGAUACCACUGCGACGGUGGUUUCGAUCGACACUUUUGCCAACGCUUACUCCGGCACUGACGUCAAGGUGCUCAAGUGUGCGGGCGGGCGAUUCGGCGAUGGCGGGGGCGGGGGCUCGGGGGUCCACGACGACACUACUACCAUCGUCGCGGACGACAACGCCGGGGCGUACUUGCGCCACCCUCUGCAAACCUUUUACCAAACUUGGUCGCACAAGUAUUGCGAAAUCGAUCCGGGGUGCUGCGGUUUCCGUGUCUCCUCCGUCGUCGAUCCUCAACAGUACGCGUACUACUAUUUGAAGCCGGACAUGGGCGACUACGACUUCCGCAUCGCCGUGCACACCGUGAACGACAACCUCGAUUUGUACACCACCGUCGGUACGACGCGACCCACGACUGGGUCUUACGGUCACACGUCGGUGCGCGAAUCCGUGCCCUGGGCGCUUUCAGUCGGCGAAUCCUUGGUGCUCUGCGCCGGCCCGGACGAGGGUGAAGCGAGCAGCGGGGAAUUGAAGCAAGCCGUUCUCGGCGGGUACACCACCGACAGCUCGAAGUCAGCGUUUGCGUACGCGCGAGCGCUCGGACACUACAUCCACAACGACGCGUCGCCGAAUUGCGAUCAACUCACGAUCGGUAUCAUGGGCGAUAACCGCUACCCGCAAACCGUCGGUGCGAGCGAAUACAGCGCGAGAUUUUACAUGGAGUUUGACUUUCCAAACUUCGCGUGCGACGAUUCCUUCGUCGACGACUCCAACCCUACCGGAACGCGUGAGGGCUCGGCGUGGGGUGGGAACAAGACGUGGAUCAACAACUGCAUUCAGCACAACCUGCGUUUUGCGGGCGAUGCGUCGGUGGUGAAAAAUAACGAUGCGUCGCCCAAGUACGUCGUGCGACUGACCGAAGCGUUCGCGAGAACGAACGGUAACUCCGCCCUCGGAUCUCCGUGGAAGUCGAGCGCCGAUUUCCGCACCUCGCAGCGCGUCGGCGCCGUGUGGUGGCACCGCAAAGUACACAUCUGGGAUGGUUUCGAGACCAACUUUGAGUUCCAAAUCACCAACCCCACGCAAUGCGGCGGCGCGGAUCAAAUUUGCGACGGCGCCGACGGCUUUGCGUUCGUCAUCUCUAACGACGAUCGUCAAGAAACGGUGGACAGCGUGCACGGCAACACAGGCUGGGCGUGCACGUUCGACGACGCGUCCAAUCCGCAACCGAUUUCCGGCACAAGGUACAAGUUGUGCGGUGCGAGCGGGUCCUUGACCGACGGUGGCGGUUUCGUCGGGUGCCCGGGCGACGGUUUGGGAUACGGAGAAUCCACGCAAGUGGACUCGGCGGAUUACGACGGCACGCCCGACAUGUGCACCAACGGCUUGAAGAAGUCGCUCGCGGUGGAAUUCGACACCUUCUACAACGUCGAGCGUCGUGAUCCGAAGCAAGGAAAGCAACACUGGUGGAUUAACGCCACCGAGUACGUGUCCUAUAACGACAAUCACCUGGGCGUCUUCAUGACGACGGCGCCGUUUUACGACAACCAACCGUGGGGGAGCUCGGUGACCGACUUGAAAGCCGAUCACAGCGAUGACAGCGAAGGCAUGCACUUCGGAAGCACGCCGAGCGUGCCGACGAUGGCGGAUGGUUUAGCGCACACGGUGAAGAUUAGAUACACUCGCGGGUUCACCACGGAGAAGGCGGGCACUGGGCAAAUCACGACGACGCACACCGACGGCUCGACCGACAGACGUAAAUUGGUUGGCUCGAGCACCAAGUUCAAAACCGAGCUGCGAACCGGUUUUGAAUUCGGUUAUGGCGGCCGCGUCAAGGCGAACGUCAAGGUGAAGAUUAACCGGGACAAAACUCUCGACAGCUCGCGACAAGCCGUCGUCAGCGGCACGGCGGGUUUCGCCGACGACGGCGAAGCGACGCGCGUCAUCAGCAUCACCUCUGACACCGAAGCGCAACUCGAAAACACGGGCACGGCGACGUCUCCCGACAGACAAAGCUUCUUCGACAUUCAACAACCGGCGUUCGAUCCCAAGCAAGAUUCGAACAUCAAUUACAACAUCAUCAAGGAGUUCCCCGGGGAGAUUCAAGUCUUCAUCGACGACAUGGACCGCUACGUCUUCCAAGUCGCCGUGGAAGACAGAGACAUGGCGAAGAUUUUGGACACGGACGGCAACGCCUACAUCGGUCUCACCGCGUCCACGGGCAGCAAGGGCUUCGCAAAGGUUGGCUACCAAGCCGCCGAGCGCGAGGUCGCGGCGCUGCGCGAGGCGCUCCGACGCGCCGAAGACGAGCGCGAUGCGGCGCUGUCCGAGUCACGCGACGCCGCGCUCGAGCGGGACGACGCGACGCGACGGCGCGACGAAGCGGAGACGCGCGCGAACGCCGAGCGGGACGCCGCGGCGGACGCGUGCGAGGCGCUGCGGAGCGUCGCCGCGGGCGAGGACGCGUGGCGCGCGAAGAGCGAGACGUGGGCGCUGAAAUAUCGCGAGGAACGACGAAUGCGAAUGGAAUUCGAACGCGCGACGGCGUCGGCGCGGGCGAAGGAAAAGAAGGCGGUCGAGGCGCGAUGCGAGGCGCGGGUGUCGGAGUUGAUCGAGGCGUUGGAGACGACGGAGCUGGCGAUGGAACGCGAGCGAAUGAGGACGCGCGAGAAGAGGUCCGAGGAGGCGAAUGAUGAGGCGGAGACGUCGCGAGCGAACGCUCGACUCGACGACGCGUUGAAGGUGGAGCGGGAGCGGACGACGCGGUUGGAGCGCGAGAACGGCGAGCUGCGGGGAAAAGUGCGCGCGUUGUACGACGCGAACGCGCAGAUGAAAUCGAUGGCGGAGCGGGCGCGCGCGAGUCAUCGCGAGGAGUUGCGUCGGAACGGCGAGCUGUCGCAGCGCGUCGUCGAUUUGGAGCGGCGCGCGGAGGACGCGCGCGACGACGGCUUCAAGGCGGAGCGCGCGUUGAAGUCUCGCGUCGAGCGCGCGUUGGAUGAUUUGCAAAAGAGUCAGAGCGCGCUGAUUUCAGAGUCCAAGGCUAAGUUUGAGUUCAAAGCGGCGUCAGAGCACGCGCGCGCGGAGCUGGAACUCGCCGAGGCGCGCGAGACGCGAGCGGUCGCCGCGCUCGCGGCGAUGGAGAAGGAGAAGAACGCGCUCUACGCCGACUUCCUCUCGAAAAAGUCACAAAAAUAG